UGACAGAGAGGGUUGUGUUGCCCGGGCCUCCCACGGCCGCUCUCCCUCGUUUUACACGCGUCCGCCAGGAGAGAGCUUAAACACUGCUUCCCCCGUGACUUGGAGGAACUUGCUGAACUUGCCAAUGCCAGAUGGUCGUUCCAGACAUAGGUAAUACAACCUGUUGACAUUCCCUCUCGCGUCUCGAACCGCCACCUGACACCCGACACAUGCCAGGUAAUGAGACUUGAUGACAUAUGACACUUCCUUGGUUAUACAAGCUGGCGACGCGCGCAAGCUGCAUCACUCAAAGAAGACAUUAUCUUUGAAGUAUUUUGUUUUCUUUAUUGGAAAUAUUAUUUCUUAAACUAUCCAGGCUUCCAACUUGGAUCACUUGAACAGAAAAAAAACUUAAAUUCUGGUUUUCUCCUUGACGUGAAAACUUGAAGAGUCUUAAAGCAUAUCGCAUACGGAGAAAAAAACCUCGCGAUUGUGAAAUGGCCAAAAAAUAUCCCGGAAAUGGAAAUGGUGUUUUAAAAUAGGCCUUUACCGAGGCAGGUGUGAAACGGUCUCCUACUAACACCUAGAAACCCGGUGGUACAUUCCAAAAGAAGAGAAGUGGCCAAGUGCCAAGGCCAAGGAGAAGCUCCCUGGCCAGGUCGAGUGAAUCAGGCCCAAUGGCUCGCCAGGGGAACUUUCUGGUUGUCCUUCAGCUGAUCGCUGUCGUGGUCGGCACCUCCGUCCCGCUCCCCAAAACCAAGGUCCGAAGCGGCUUAGAAAACAGCCCUUUGACGGAGGUGCACGCAGUCGAGGCCAGCCGCGUCCUGCUCCCGUGCGAGGUCAAGCCGCCCGUCCCCAGCGACGACACGAUUUUGGUUCUGUUCUAUCGCGGUUCUAUAGGAACGCCGAUCUACAGCAUCGACGGGCGAAACAGUCCCGUGCGCCAGUCUCCCCACUGGAAGGACGAGGCGGCGCUGGGAAGUCGAGCGUACUUCGACCUCACCAAGCACCCGCCGGGCCUCGUACUCGAUCCCGUGGAGGCGCUGGACGAGGACGAGUACGUGUGCCGCGUCGACUUCCGGUCCUCGCCCACCAGGAACGUCCGCGUCAAACUGCACGUCGUGGUGCCUCCAACUGGAAUCCGCUUGAUGAACGAAGCCAACGUAGACGUCAGCGGAGUCAUAGGCCCGUAUCCUGUAGGUGCCACGGUGACCCUCAAAUGCCAAGUCGUGGGAGGUCAUCCCCGACCUAUCGUGACCUGGCGGAGCGACGGCAUCCUCCUGGACGACGUUAGUGAAGGUUUAGGGCCCGAUGACACGGUGAACACCUUGGUCCUCGAAUCCCUGACCAGGAACGACCUGUACCGGGUCCUCACCUGCCAGACAGCCAACUCCAACCUCACUGUGCCUCUCGCCGCCGCCGUCACCCUCGACAUGAGCUUCCCUCCCUUGGACGUUCGAAUUCUUGGCUCGAGAAACAACCCCUUUUCUGCGGGCGAGCGGUACGAGCUGGUUUGCGAGUCUUCGGGGUCGAGACCUUCGGCUAAGAUCACUUGGUGGAAGAAUGGAAUGCUCAUGACGGAUGCCAGGAUACAGGUAUUCCAGGAGGGUAACGUCAGCAGGUCGACUCUCUACCUAACACCAUCACCUGCUGACAACACCGUCUAUAUUUCCUGUCGUGCCGAAAACCAACAGGUGCCUGCGUCGGGCCUAGAAGACGUUAUCAAAUUGGACGUACACUAUUCCCCAAGACUCUCCCUCCUCGCUGGCCAGAAUCUCGACAUGGACGAUAUCAAAGAAGGUGACGACGUGUACUUCGAGUGUAAUAUCGUCGCCAACCCGAAGGUCCACAAAGUCCAGUGGUAUCAUAACGGAGACGAAAUCACGCACAAUGUGUCAGCUGGUGUGAUUCUCAGCAAUCAGAGCUUGGUGUUGCAGCAGGUCACGAAAAGGUCAUCGGGGCAGUAUACAUGCAAGGCCGCCAACUUCCACGGCAGCAGCGGGUCAAACGCCGUCCAGCUGAGCGUCAAAUUCGCGCCCCUAUGCCGUGGGGGGCAAAAGAUAGUGUACGGCGCCGGAAAGCACGAAGAAGUUAAUGUUACGUGCAAUGUGGAAGCACAUCCAGAGCCGUUUCGUUACAGGUGGGCGUUUAAUAGUUCGUCCGAGGUCGAGGACAUCCCCGUGAGCCGAACGUGGGUAGUCGGGAAAGGGUUAAGCCAGGCCUCAUACACACCGCACAGUCAUCAGGAGUACGGGUCGUUGCUGUGUUGGGCCAGGAAUGACGUCGGGAUGCAGAAACAGCCUUGUAUCUAUCACGUUAUACACGCUGCUUCCCCGGACCCGGUGAACAACUGCACGGUGGAGAACGUGAGUUCGACGGGCGCGGCCGUGCGGUGCCAGGCGGGCUGGGACGGCGGGCUGGCGCAGACCUUCACCCUGUCUGUGAGUCGCCCCAGCGCCCACACCCGCGGCCAGGACAAGAAGAACGAGGCGCCCCGAGUGCUGGCCAACACGUCGACGUCGCCGCGGCCCGAGUUCACGCUCACGGGGCUGCAGGCCGGCACCGAGUACGUGCUCAUCAUCAUGGGCGUCAACAAGAAGGGCCAGAGCGAGCCCGUGAGACUCAAGAUCUUCACCCUCAAGGACAUAGCUGAGAAGCAUACAAGCCCAGCUUCCCCGGACCCGGUGAACAACUGCACGGUGGAGAACGUGAGUUCGACGGGCGCGGCCGUGCGGUGCCAGGCGGGCUGGGACGGCGGGCUGGCACAGACCUUCACCCUGUCUGUGAGUCGCCCCAGCGCCCACACCCGCGGCCAGGACAAGAAGAACGAGGCGCCCCGAGUGCUGGCCAACACGUCGACGUCGCCGCGGCCCGAGUUCACGCUCACGGGGCUGCAGGCCGGCACCGAGUACGUGCUCAUCAUCAUGGGCGUCAACAAGAAGGGCCAGAGCGAGCCCGUGAGACUCAAGAUCUUCACCCUCAAGGACAUAGCUGAGAAGCAUACAAGCCCAGUCGGAGGAACGUUGGCCUUCACCUCCCUCCUGGCGGUGAUCCUGGGCGUGGUCGCCUCCCUCCUCCUCAUGGCCGUGGUCAUCGUGUUGGUGGUCAGGUCCCGCUGCGCUCACGUACACAAGCCAGAGGUCAAGAUGGUGUACAACAAGGGCGUCGCAAGUCCGUCCCGCGGCUCUGACGACGACCUCAACUCGGACGACCCGAAUCCUGACGUCAUUCCUAUCAACGAUGUCAAGCUACAUUUUCUUCCAGACCAUCUGGUGAAGACAACCCAACAGGUACACCAGAAGAAACAUCCCCAGCAGAACCCACAGCAGGAUCCCACGGCCACAGCUUCGGGUGCCGAACCGUCUCCCGACCCAGGACCUUUACCGUGCCACCUCGAGGCGUGUGCUGACCCGCAGUGCCACCCGUUAACCGACUAUGAUUCCUUCUACAUCAACCCUGGCACUCUCGUUCGACAGAAGUCAGCAACGAUGGCGCCCGUCUCUGACCCCAUGACCCUUAUGGGCUGUCCCCUCGCCGCCUCCACGCCCACAGCUGCCAAGUCUCCGCCUUCGCUCUACCCUCACCCUGCCCACGAGGUGCCUCUGACCUACCACGGCCCGCCCCCUCCACCUUACACCCACGACACCCAACGUGUUGCACCUCUGUACACCCCCCACACCCUGGCCACCGCGCCCUCGCCGUCUUCCUUCGUCUGCGACACGUCCUUCGUCCCCAUCCCCACCUCGCACCCCCAGGAUCCUAGGUCCGCCAACAUCCCCAGUUCCUAUGCCUCCGACAUUUCCUCCCUGACGCCCGCGGCCUACCCUCAGUAUACCCUCAGCCUAGGGAGAAAGGGCACGCUGGCCAUGGAAGGGGUGGUGCCGUCUUGCAUAGCAGGGGUCCCCGCGCCCCCCCACCACGGCUCGACCUACUCCGUGGUGCCAAAGCCCGAGAGGGAAUGGAUGCGGCCCCACGCGCUCGCUCUGCCUCCCUGGGACGACACGGGGAGAGAGCGAGAGCCGAGCCCCGCACACCGCGAGAGCUCCGUCUAGUACCUGCGAUUAGAUUUAGUCCCAUUUGCUUUCUUUACCUUUAGGAACUUCUUGGAGGAACCGCCAUUGAUGACGUCACAGAUCCAGUCGCAAUUGAUGACGUCUCAGAUUCAGUCGCCAUUGAUGACGUCACAGAUACCGUCGCCACAUCCGCCAACCCAGUUCAUUACUGCGACGCCC